AUGGCGGCGGCGGCGGCGGCCGGGGCGGGAGCGGCGGGAGCGGCGGCGGCCCCGCCGCGGGGCAUCCGCGCCUGGCUGCGGAGCGCCUUCCGCUUCGCCACCGACCGCAACGACUUCCGCAGGAACCUGCUGCUGAACCUGGGGCUGUUUGCCGCGGGGGUCUGGGUGGCCCGGAACCUGACCGACAUCGACCUGAUGGCCCCGCAGCCGGUCCCGUAGCCCCGGAAGGAGCCGGAGCUGCCGGGAGCAGAGCUCGCCCUCCCGCCAGGAAUGGAGCCGUGGAGCUGCUCUGAUCCCACCUGGAGCUGCUCUGAUCCCACCUGGAGCUGCUCAGAUCCCUUUGGAGCUGCUCUGAUCCCACCCAGAGCUGCUCUGAUCCCAUCUGGAGCUGCUCUGAUCCCCCUGGAGCUGCUCAGAUCCCCCUGGAGCUGCUCAGAUCCCUUUGGAGUUACUCAGAUCCCCCCUGGAGCUGCUCUGAUCCCUUUGGAGCAGCUCUGGUCCCCCCUGUGCUGCCUGGAGCAGUGACAAGGACAAAAGGUUUAAUGCUGAGAGGGAGAAUUGAUUUCCCAUCCAUUCAUUCAUCCCUUUGGGAAUUGUUUCCUCGAGGAUGUGCAUGGAAUUUCCUUCUGUACCCCCCACCCCCAGAUGUUUAUUAAAUUUUAUGGAAUAACAACACAA